AUGCCAGCGGUGCUUCAUCUCAAACAAUGCUACAGGCCAAGUGCCUCCAAUAAAGCUAUAGUGACCACAAAGCCAUUUGAAAUAGUGGGAGUUGAUUUACUGGAGAUAGGAGUCACAAGUCGAGGCAAUCGUUAUAUAGUGACAAUUAUUGAUCACUUCACGAACUUGCAAGCGAGUGCAUUAUUGACCAAAGUGAGAAGUAGAGAGCUAAAGGCAAAAGAGUGGUACGAUCGCCACUGGAAAACCGACAGAACGAUUGCUUUCAACGUAGGAGAUCGUAUCUAUGUUAAAGUACCCGGAGAAAAAGAAGCAUCAGCACAUCCCAACUGUUUCCUGGAGUGGUCCAACAGGGUGCCAUCGUCGAUAGACGAUACUCCUGUAAUAAGCAGAAAGCGUAGAGCGCUAAACGAGGAAGAAAAGGAAAGAUGGCAGCAACUUUUGACGAUGUAUCACCCUCUCGACGUCCGGUUCGCACCGAUAUAUCUACUAUUGACUGUCGUUGUCCAGGAGUAUUCGAUGUCGGCAUGCAGUCAACCGCGUGUCAUACCGCAGUGUAAUGAGAACCCACCAUUACCAGAGUUGGUCUUCGAUUCAUCGCUUGAGCUGGCUAGGACUGUUUCUAUACUACAAACUCACAUUUUCGCCGAGUGGCGAGCUGCAACACUUGCUGACCACGAUUACCUUACAUUGUCAGCUAGUUCACUAGGAUUUGCAAUGUCAUUUUUCCGAGCUAUUUGCCUUAAUCUCGCUGCGUACCAUCGUCGCAAUCUCGCCACAGACGAAGCACUUGGGAAUCUACCCCACCCUCCACGACAUACGGAAGAUCCGUUUAACCUAGCAGAGAUGGUCGCAGAAGCGCAAAAGCACUUGCCCAAGUUGAAAACCCUAAUAAUACUACCAGCACGUUUCCGGAGAAACCCAAAUUGCGUACUCCAACAAAAUCCUAAGGAUAUUCAGGCCACUUGGCUGGCAGGCGAAUGGUCUGCAGUAAUACUUUUCAGUCCAUCUUACCAUGCGGGAGUUGCCACAUGGGCGAAAGCAUGGGGAAUGUUGCUUAAAACUGUUGCCCGUGGAGCGGAGCUGAUAUUAGUAGCCGGUCCGAAGGAUGUAUACGAAUGGAGGAAAGGAAUAGAUAUGCUACGAGACCUGGCAGAGGAAACCAUACAGCAAAGAAGGAUUCUCGCAGAGAAUCAAGAUUCUACUGCCACGAAAAGCGGAGACGAAGAUGACCGAACACCCGAUUUUUUCAAUUGGAAGAGAUAA